AUGUUCGGAAAAGUUCUCAUUUCUUUCAUCAUUUCCCUCUUAAUCUUCAUUCCAUGCUCAAUCUUGAUCGGAACGCUCGACAUUCGAUCUUCUUAUCAAUCACCGGCGGUUGCUGCAACCUCUCCGUGCACCGAUGAAAUUCCAUUAAGCGUCUACAUGUAUGAUCUUCCCCGGCGGUUUAACGUCGGCAUGCUGGAUCACCGGAAUACAACAGAAGCUCCGGUGACCGCUGUUGACUUUCCUCUAUGGCCUGGUAAUUCCGGUCUCAAGAGGCAGCAUAGUGUAGAGUACUGGAUGAUGGGGUCACUUCUUAACGGUGGCGGAAAUGGAAGUGAAGCGGUAAGGGUUUUGGAUCCGGAGCAUGCUGAUGUGUAUUUUGUUCCUUUUUUCUCCUCGCUUAGUUUCAAUACCCAUGGUCAUCACAUGACAGAUCCCGAAACGCAGAUUGAUCAUCAAUUGCAGAUUGAUUUGAUGGGAUUAUUAAGGCAAUCCAAGUACUGGCAAAGGUCUGGAGGUAGAGACCAUGUAUUUCCUAUGACACAUCCCAAUGCAUUUAGGUUUCUGCGAGAUCAAUUGAACAAGUCUAUUCAGGUUGUUGUUGAUUUUGGUCGUUAUCCAAAAGGAGUUUCUAAUUUGAACAAGGAUGUAGUGUCCCCUUAUGUACAUGUUGUAGAUUCUUAUAUAGAUGAUGAGCCUCAAGAUCCGUUUGAGUCUCGCACCACUCUGCUUUUUUUCAGAGGGAGGACGCACCGUAAGGAUAAAGGCAUUGUUCGUGCUAAAUUCACAAAGAUAUUAGCUGGUUUUGACGAUGUUCACUACGAACGAAGCUUUGCUACAGGAGAGAACAUAAAAUUGUCAUCUAAAGGGAUGCGUUCAUCAAAAUUCUGUUUGCAUCCAGCAGGAGACACACCUUCCUCUUGCCGCCUUUUUGAUGCAAUCGUGAGUCACUGUGUUCCUGUUAUUGUGAGUGAUAAAAUUGAACUCCCAUUUGAGAAUGAGAUUGACUACUCUCAGUUCUCAUUGUUCUUUUCCUUCAAAGAAGCACUGGAGCCAGGCUACAUGAUUGAUCAGCUUCGCAGUUUUCCAAAGCAGAAAUGGACUGAAAUGUGGAGGCAACUUAAAAACAUCUCCCAUCAUUAUGAAUUCUAUUAUCCACCAAAAAGGGAAGAUGCUGUUAACAUGCUGUGGAGACAGAUCAGGCACAAGCUUCCGGAGAUAAGACAAUCUGUUCAUAGAAGCCGGAGGCUUAAAAUCUCAGAUUGGUGGAAGAGAUAA